CUUCAUUCCACAUUGGUUAUUUCUUUUAUAUUUCACUUUGAGGCAAGUCUCGCGCCCCUUUUUGGGAAAUUGUCUGCCCUUUUAGAAGAAUGACAGUCAGGUGAAAAAGUUUCUGAAGCCCAUAGGUUAAUUUACUUCAAGGAUUACCUUAAAGUUGACUUGCUUAUUUCGAAACUGGAUAAUGUUUUUCUAGUAAAGUCAUGUGUUGAAAGACAACAGGAGAUAUCUAUAAAGUUUUCUUUAAUUUAUGCCAUUAUUCAAACAAUUUCUUGCGCUUAUAAAUUGUCCUCUUCAUAACAUUAUCAAACCAAAAAGAACUAUGGAGCAUAAUUAUGAUAGAAUAUUUUUCUGUUGUGUCUAGGAUCCGUGGUUCUCAGUCAAUGUUGUUUCCUAGACCCAUUUUCUGGCUAUCUCUAGAACGUCAUAUUUGCAAAACUUUUUCUGCUGCUUAUCAUACUGGGUCGCCUUCAUCAAACCCAGAAUAAUCACUCUUACCUUUUGCAAUAAUGAAGUACCACCGAAUUUUAGGUGCAUUCAUUACAGUACUGUCUAGCUAUACAGCCAUGAAAAUUGAACCAAAGUCAAAGUCUUGUCAUUAUGGCCCGUCCACAAUCAAUUUUGAUUCGCGUGCCCUAUUUAGGGGCACCACCCCCACAAACCCUGCCUCUUUUAACUGUCCUCUUUUUCUAAGUCCUUAAACAAUAUUUGCGAUACAGUUGUUCUUUGUGUGCGGUUUUAAUGCAACUAUUGGAGUGAAUCAUUUUUUCAAACAUAACAUGAAACCAUGUGGAACAUUCUACCCUUAUCAAAUUACGAUGUGCGCUCAUGUCAAUCGACUGGCUAAAUACACAGCAGCAAUCAGUGGAGAAGAUUGAACAGUUUCUGAAUGUGUGCGCUUUGUAUCUGACAUGACGAUUCCUUGGUAUUUUCCAGGGACAAUGUUCCUUGUCUUCAUACUAGUUAGUUUGGUAUUCCUUGUCUUGAUGUAUUGGAAAGCAAAUGUUUUUCUGCGAAACAAUCAAAGAGAACAAAUGGAAUCGGAUGUAGACAUUCAGGAAUCGGAUGAAGAAAUUGACGAAAUAGAACAGAUGAAACCAAGUACAAAGAUGAGAGAAAUUGCGUCAAUUAAAACAGAGGAUUCCUCUGUCGAGAAGCAGGCAAAAGAAGGAUUUGAAAUAAUCGAUCUUUAUUCAAUGGAGGUUUUAAUGACGUAUAUCAAAGAAAAAAAUCACCUUUCUUGUCGCAUACAAAACAUUGUUGGCAUAUCCAAUCUCAAAAAUAGAAACACCAACAAGUUCCGAUUCCAUGCCACUAUACUACCAUCAAAAAAAUUAAAAUCUCGCACUGCAUAUCGUUCACUGGAAGAGCUUGCGAUACAGCUUGUUGUUGGAAUAAACAAUGUGAAUCUCGAAAUAUUGAAAGUUAGUACACUCCGUUUGCGUUUAUACGGCAGACACUUUGAGCUCGGAGUGCCAGUCACAAAAGAGAAGUGCCUUGGUGAGACAAACAUCGUUCUAGCCAAAUAUCUUAGUGAGCUUGAAAAAGGCAAAGAAGCUGCCACUAAACAAGCAAUUUCACCCAUAGCAGAGCAGUUCCCAAGUCCCAGAGAUCCUUUUACUUUAGACGACUGAAUCUUUUUAGCUUAAACCUUUUAUACAUAAAUUUUUCCUAUUCCCUAAAAAAGACCAAAUGUAAGUAUUUUUUUACCGUUCAAAAUUUUUUUAAUAAUGUAACUUUAUAAUGCAAAUUUUUUAAUAGUGGAUAUCAUUUCAAAAAGUAUUACUAUUUUGCAAAGGUUACGGGGUUUUGCUGUACGAGACAACAUCAUUGCAUGCGCUUUUGCUUAAAAGGUAUUGUUAGCUAUACCUAGGCCAGACACACCACUUUACGAAACAUCCUCAAAAGUUUCUAUUUACGAAAAACCAAAUGGCUUGACAAAAAAAAAGAGACUUGCGGCUUUCUUUCAAGAAACUUUGCCAAGUGCCCAGAAAUUGUUAUGAACAUUUACAUAAGAAUUGUCUACAUAUUCCACAAUACUUAGCAGUGAUACUUAGCAGCACUAACCGUUCAAAAAAAUUAACCAACUUUGCUUUUUUGGCCGAGCAUUUCUCCAACUAAACCUUUUAACCAACUGAAAGUGUAUUAGCCAUGAAAUGAACUAUCAUAUAGACACUUAAUAAUAACAAAGUAAGAGCAAAUAAUGACAUGAAAGUAGAGGGAAAUUAAGUUUGAAACAAAAGUAUUUCUAGAUUUGUUGGUGAGCCCAUGAGCAUCUUUUGCAAAAAAACCAAUUAUAGGUUAGUUUGCAAAAAUGAACUACAGCUUACUUUUGCUCCUCAUAACAAUAAUUUCAGUUUUGAAAACUUUCCUCUAAUCUAUGAGCAUUUAUAAGACUUGCGUGCAAAAAUAUUUGUGACCACACCCUUCAGAAUGAAUCUCAGAAAAUUUCUUGCAGGCAUUUCUUGCAAUCGUUUAAGAUCCCUGUACAUUAGAAAAAGUAGAAUCAUUGACGGCGCUGUAUUGAAAACAAUAGGAACAAAAGAUUUCUCGUUGGAAAUGGAGGGUUUUUAAAGUUUAGGGGGGGGGGGCAGGUAUAACUUCUAGAAAACCACCUUUUAUUUUAAGGUUCUGGAUAUCGUUAGAUUGAAAAUCCUGGAUGUCUAUUCGCUUGUAGAAUGAAAGGAAAAAGAUUCACAUUCAUACAAGCGUAUCAUGUCUUCUUUUCAAUAACAUAAAAGUAAAAGGGAAUUGCAAAUGAACAUCAAUGGCGGUCAAAAAUCUGUUUUUAGUCAAGAAAACAAGAAAUCCUAGGAUAUUGGAUUAUUGAAUGCCGCGAUUGAUUGAAAAUGCACCUUAAAAAAUGCGUGACAUAUUAUGGUUGCUUGAUUUCUAUCAUUGCAUGCGAACCUAACACCCAAUUAAAUGUUUCUAUGCAUUGCACGUAUGCGGUUCCGCUCUUUUUCUUCUGUUUCGCCACACUAUCUCAGCAUUAAAGCGUGUUAUGAAACAUGCUUCGUGAAACUUUAUCAUUCCACUAUCCCAUUUUGUGAUGUUGCUUAACCCUCUCAAUUUCUGUUUUAUUUUCAAUCACUCCACACUUCAUUAAUAUGAUUUCCGUGGCUUUUUUAGGAUGCAAAUAUGUUUAGUUAAUUUCAAUUUGCUUGUGUUUAUUGAUGUUUGUUCUCGAUGCCUUGCGGUGUUUCUUAUUUCUACUCUAUAUGUUUAUUAAUUUGAUAUUAGCUGCUAUAACAAGUUGAUAUUAUGAACCAGGCCCUACUUUAAUAUGCAGUGAUAACAAACCUACGCUGCGAUAAAUCUAUAAUGCGCAGUGACAAUUAAACUUAACAGUGAAAACAACCACACAUUGUUAUUUCAGAAUUCGAAACAGAAAAGACAAACCACACUGAAAUGAUUAAAAUAUCUUUGCUAGUUCUCAUAAUAAAAUCGUAUUACUUAAAAGCAGCGUUUACGCUGUUUACUUUCAAAUUCAUAUUGUAGGGCAUUAAGACUUUAUUAAGGUCUGUUUAUAUUGAGAAAAUCAUCCCAUCUUCCAGUCUGCGAGCUUAGAGAAAAAAUCCCACCCUCCUAUAGAAUCUUUUGUAUUUUUCGUCUUGCGUCUGUAUACCAAACGAGCCAACCUGGUUAGGUGAGAUCACACUGUGUGAGAGAUCGCCUCUUAGUGGUUCCUACUGUUAAAAAUUUAUUUAACUUACAACUCUUGUUUUUCACUACUGUCAUUCAAAUAUUGUUUUCAAUGAGUCUCCAGGAUGGAUGACUGAAAAUUAACCAUACAAAUCCCAUGUGAUUUGAUGUGUACAAUAUUGUAAAAUGUAUCCAUUAAUAAAAAUAGGUGCAGAAAAUGUUUAACAAAGGCAGUUUUACAUCGCUGAUUUUUACCAGAAACAAAACCUUUUCUGAAAAUUUUAGUUUUAUUGUUACUCCCUAAUGUUAUGGAUCAUUUUUUUCCACAAAAUUCCUGCUGUGCAUCAAUUAGCAUAAGUUAUUUUAAAAAUGUGCAGUGAUAAAAGUCCUUGAAUCUAAGGGGCAUCCAAAAUCUAAGUGGUCCUGCAAAGUUUUUUAAUAAAGCUACUUAAGCAAGGCAGAACUUGAUUAAAAAAACAUGUCCGAUAAAUGAGGUUUUAGAUUAAGGAAAAGGUGCAAAGUUCUAAAAGAAAACAAAGAACUGAAAUCGUCUUAGAUAGAAAAACAUAAAGGGAUAUUGCGUCGAUCGUGGGCUCUGCCCCUCUUAACUGUUAGCUGUGUUGAAUUUUUGCUCCCUCUUCGUACUAAAGCUAGAUAAACCCAUGGUGAAGGAAUAAUAUCCGUCCGAAGAAAAGGGCUUGGACUCAUAUCUGUAAAUCCAAAGCUAAAGGUCUUAGAUUAAAGUUUCUCGAGAGUUGAAUAUUAUUCUCAGUGUUAAAUUGAUAAUCUAGAAAGAUAGCAGAAAGUAUACAAACAUCCGCAUUACACGAAUAUUCACUUUCACUACACGUUUUUCUAUAAUCAUUCUAAUUAUUAGUUGAUUAUAUAGAUUUUUCGCUGUAAAAUAGCUUUUUGAUAUUGCGUUUAUUUAAUUUUUUCGUGCUUUCGUAAUAAAAAAAUUGUACUAUUUAAAAUUGAGUUGAUAUUAACGUUUGACAAGUUGUUGUAGAAGUAGUUCUAUUAACUUUUAUUGCUAUUUUUAUGUUGUAAUUAGGUUAGAGGCCAUCUUGGCCUAGAUACCUUUUUAAUAAAAAAAAAUAAAGAUCUUGAAGUUCCUAAUUACUGGAAGAAUAUGAAUUACAAUUUUAUCAUGAUGUUCUUAAGAAAAGGAUGAUGCCAAGCCUGAAUAUUCUUACAAACAGUAAAAAAUGUAUUAGAAAGAGAGACAGCAAAGACAGAAAUUACUCAAUGAAGCGCCUGAUGGAUGCAUAGCACACUUAAAGCGGGUUAAACAAGGAUUCGAAGAAGCGCAGUAUGCUUUAUACCAAAGGGGGAGGGAGGAAUGGGAAGAGAGUAAUGCAUGGAAAUAGCAUUCCCAACAGGCACGAUAGAUCAUACAAACAACCUCAUCUGAGUCAAGGGACAAACUUUUGUGCAAAAAGCCCAAACUACAGCACUCCUAUUAUUCCCAAGGCAUGAAAAGCAGCGCAUAAACUCUUGAUGCAAGAAUGAAAACAUGAACCUUAUUGCCAAAAUGCGAAUAAUACAAUUCAAUCAAGCAAAGUAAGAACACUAUAGAGGAAUCAAAUUCUACAACAUCCUCAAGAAAUUUUAACUCUGAUAAAAUUUCAUUUGCUCAGCAUCUAAAUUAUAGCAUUUGUUAUUUUGUUGCACAAAAACUUUAUUGCAAAGUUUGUUAAAGAAAACUUCUAAAACAUGAAGCAAAGUUGUUAUCAGUUUUUGACUGACAGUUUUCAGUUUUUCAAAAA